AGAGAUAUGAAAAAAAAAAUAUGGACCUGACUGCACGGACUGCAUGACUUACUGGACAAAGAAACAUGGUUUUCCAGAGAACGGGAGUUUGAGUAAGAAGGAAUUAGAUAAGCUGAAUGAGGCAGCACAGAAGGACUGGGAUGAGAAAAAGAAAAAAAAGAAAAUCAAGGCAACGGAUGUAGAGAAGUGGGAACGACAUAAUAAAUGCAUUGAAAUGUGGAAAAAUGAGAGUGAAUGUAGGGUUAGGAAAGCUAAUACUAAAGAAAUGGGUGGGGGAUUAGAUAUGACUGGAGAUAUAGGAAACAGGAGGGAUAAUGCAUCCCUGUCUAGUGCACCUCCACCAUACAAUAAUAAUUUAGGGCAUUCACAACCCUCUCCAUAUCGUUCACUGCAGGAACGAUUACAGGCGCUGAAGGUGGAUCCAGAUCUGGACUCCUGUCCCCCGGUGUUACAGCAGCCCCAGCAGCCUCAGCAGCGUCAUCCAGAGGACCGACGGAGAGCUGAGACAUCGGGUCCCACUGACUCCAACCAUGGCCAAGCUACAGGGGGAACCGAAAGACCGUCAGCAGACAUGACCAGCCCUUCACGUACCAAGUCCGGGAAGAUCUACGGACCGGAGGUGUCAGCAACCUCCCCUUUCUACAAAUUUGGACAGACUGCAAAGGGCCUAUUUUUGGGACAAAAUACUGCUGAAGAUGAAGACACUGAGGUUUUUAGUGCCCCCAUGGUGGAAGUAUCAGGACCCACCGGCCCCAUAUUGGUUUAUCGCCCUUGGUCCCCCUCUGAAAUCAUGGAACAUGCUAAAAAUCUUCCUGACAUGGAUGAAAACAAGAAAAAAGCUGAAUCCAAGAAAGAAAAACAGAUGUCAACAGCCCUGACUCUGUUCACCUCCCAAAAUCAGCCACAAUCCAAUAGGGAUAGGAGAGGCAGAGGAAGGGGCAGAGGAAGACGAGAGAGGGGCGGCAACCAACAACAGCGUGGGGCAUGUUAUCGCUGUGACCAAUAUGGACACUGGAAGGAUAACUGCCCACAACGACAUGGGCCGUGUCAUCGCUGUGGCCAAUAUGGACACUGGAAGGAUAACUGCCCUCAGGAUAAUGGGCCCACCCACCAGAAGGAAUACCAGCAGGCUGACUGAGGGGCGGACCCGGGAGACAGGACUCCAGAGGAGCUUUUUUCUCCACCCACCACAGUUUUCGCUGCAGCAACUGUUGAGGGAAGUGAAAUGCACACACACACAUACACACACACAUACACUCAUUUAGCUGCUAUAGCUUAUAAACGUUUUCCUUUGUUUACAUUGUCUGUAAAUAAUCAACCAGUUUCUUUUAUGGUUGACAGUGGUGCAACUCACUCAGUUCUUAAGACAGGCACCCUAAAUCCCACUCCACCACUCAGUGGUAAGACUGUUAUUUCUGUGUCUGCUGGAGGCCAUCAUGACAAAGAAAAAUUCACGGUACCUUUAACCUGCUCAGUACAAGUUCUCUCACAGGUGCAGAGUGUGGUGAAAGAGGCCCUGCCACGCCCAGCAUCAGAUCUGCUUCACUCCUUGGUUCCGGG